CUAGCUUUCAGUUAUAAAUGGACAAUUGUAAGCAUCUAUCAGCCAUUAAGAAAUGGAGCCAUUCAAUACUAAAUCCCCAAAAGUGGAUGUGUUAUGCCUGUGGAACUACAGAGAGUGUCUGGGCAUGCCUUAGUUGUCCUAGUGUAGCAUGUGGAAGAUUCAAUGAGGAACAUGCUCUUAAACACUUUAAAGAAACUCAGCAUCCAUUAUGUCUGGAGGUCAAUGAGAAAUAUGUAUAUUGCUACCAAUGUGAUGACUAUGUCCUGAAUGAUAAUGUGUCGGGGGAUCUGAAGAUUCUGAGGAAUGCCCUAAGUGCUAUAGCCACCCAGACCUUUACAGAUGUGGAGUCGCGGGGGAGGAGGUUACUCAGAUCUUACUCCCACACUGCUGUCGUCUCACCCUCCAGAACAGAUGAAGAUGACAAGAUAGUUACAGCAGAUUUUCAUAGAAAACAGGUGUUACUGAGGAAGACAUUUAUAGCAUGGAAAUUGUACACACAAGGGAAAUACAUUGAGAUACAGCGAACACCAGAAAAGAGGAAAAUAAAGUCGUCCGUGGAAUGGAGCCCCGUUAUUAAAAGGAGAACCAUAAUUCCAGGAAUGACUGGUUUACGUAAUCUUGGCAACACCUGUUACAUGAACUCUGUACUUCAGGUGUUAAGCCACUUAGAGGAAUUUCGAGACUUUUUCCGACAUCAGAUCCAGCCUAGUCCCAGUAGAGUUACCUCCCCUGAGAGCAGUCCCCACUCUUUAGUUGGGAGGAAGUCUUUAACUCCGGUGACCCUAUCUCCAAGAGCCCCAAAGAAUUUCUAUUCCAAGCCAGCAAAGAGACUGUUUAGUCGACAAACCACUAUAGAAUGCUUUGAGCAUUUGAUGACACCAGAAAGAAAUCCAGGGACCCCUACCAAAGAGAGACCAGGAGGUUUAAAUGGAGGGUCACAACUGACCACGCCUAUUAAGGGGAAACUAUUGUUAUCUGUAGAGAAAAAAGUGCCAUCCAGUAACAUAUCACUUUGUCAAGAGCUGAAUGGUCUUUUCCGAGUGUUAUGGUCUGGGAAUUGGGCACAGGUCAGUCCCCAUGGCUUCCUCCAGGCCGUGUGGAAAAGGAUCCCCAUGUUUAAAGGCCAUGCCCAGCAUGAUGCUCAAGAAUUCCUCUGUGAAUUGUUGGAUAAAGCUCAGAAUGAGCUGUGUGACCUUGACCUGUUUGACAUUAUAUCAGAUAUAUUUCAAGGUGAACUGGUCAGCCAGGUGAAGUGCCUUGUUUGUGGAAAUAUUUCGGAAACAAAGGAGCCAUUUAUGGAUCUCUCUUUGGAAUUCCCAGAAAGAUACCAGUUUACAUCUCUCAAUGCAAGCAUAGCUCAGGACAUCUGUCACAUUACAGAAAUGUUAUACAAAUUUACAGAAGAAGAAACUUUAGAGGGGAGGAUUUACCAGUGUGAAAAUUGUAACGCUCGAAGGAAAAAGAGGACUUCAAAUUCUAUCUACACUGAGGCACAGAAAAGACUGCUGCUGAAAAAACUCCCAAAUGUGCUAAGACUGCACCUCAAAAGAUUCAGGUGGUCAGGCAGGAACCACAGGGAGAAAAUCUCCACUCAGGUAGCUUUUGAUGAUGUCCUAGAUGUUGAACCAUUCUGUGAUAAGUCAGAUAUGGAGAAGGGGCAGAGCUAUACAUAUAAUCUGUUGGGGGUCAUCAUUCACCAUGGCAGAGGCUUUGGGAGUGGUCACUACACGGCCUGCUGCUGGAAUGCAGAAGCUAAUUCAUGGAUCAAUUGCAAUGAUUCAAGAGUAAAAAUAUGUUCCAAAGAGGAAGUAUUAUUGAGCCAGGGGUACAUUCUUGUUUACACCAAAAAUGUUCUUGAAGAUUUAUCUCCUUUGGAAAACUCAAACUCAAGUGUUGAAUCCAAGUGCUCCACAGGCAGAAGUCCUUUACAAAAAAACUUAUCCAAGAAAGUGGAUGCAGAUAUAACAUUUAAUUUUAAAACUUCCUCAGCUGAUGAAAUGACAUUGAAAUCAAGAAAAAGAAGUCGGGACUCACAUAUCCUCCAACCAGAACAAAGGAUCAUCAAAAGACGUAGAUCUACUUUGUGGUAGCAAAAACAAAGAGAGUAGAUCCUGUAAUUAAUCGUUAUAAGUUUACAGUUUGUUAUGUCAGGCAGCAGAACAUGACUUGUAUUUGUUUUAUGUCUUUUGUUUUAAAUAGGAAUAAUUAAACUGCAUUAGUUUACAUUGUUCGGAAAGAAACCCAAAGAAUAAUUGUAGCAUUAAAUAGGUUUAAUUAAGGUAAUACACUGUAUAUUUACAUUAAUAGUAUAAUAAUUUUUACAACCUAUGAAAAAAGUUUUGGAGGGGUUACUGUAUACAGGGAAAUUUUUGCCCCCUUUUUAUUUUCGACUCUUUCGCCCUACUCACAGGUGGGCGAAUUGAAAAUGGGGCAAAUUCGAAGAACACAGUAAAAAUUUUUAUACAGAACUGUGACUGGACGAAUUUAAAAUUGGGCAAAAUUGUGAAAGUGUAAAGUGUGAAAGGGCGAAAAUAAUACGGGGCGAAAAUAACCCUGUAUAAGGUAUAUAAGUUACAUUAUCAAUUUUAUUCAGUGCCGUAUACUUUGAUUGAUGUUGAGGUUAUCAAACAUUGAAUUUUCAUGAAGAAAGAUUAAAUCUUAAUUUUUAAUUUUGGGGGAGGGGAGGAGGUGAAGAAUGGAAACUAAAAAUGGCUUAAAUUUUGAUGUACCGGUAGUCCACAUUGAUUACUGGAACUCCCUCAUAAAAAUUGAUAUUCUGUGGCAAUUCUGACAUUUUCUUCAGGUAUAAACAUUACUGGGGUUAAAACCUCUCGUAAUAACAAAUUCAUCCUCAUUUAAGUGCUUUUGUAGGAGACAAUUUGAUGGCAUUAAAACAAUCAGAAGUCUCAGGGAUUUUAUGAUGAUCUUUUCUC